CCUCAAUUCUCAUUCACUUUCACUAAAACUUUUCUCUCUUUAAUUUUGUUGAAUUAUGGCUGAAACUUCUCCUCCAUUGAAAGAUGAACUUGACAUUGUUAUUCCUACAAUAAGGAACCUUGAUUUUUUGGAAAUGUGGAGACCAUAUUUUGAGCCUUAUCAUUUGAUAAUUGUUCAAGAUGGUGACCCUUCAAAAACUAUUAAGGUUCCAUCUGGUUUUGAUUAUGAACUUUAUAAUAGGAAUGAUAUUAAUAAGCUUCUUGGUCCAAGGGCUUCUUGUAUUUCAUUCAAAGAUUCCGCUUGUCGUUGCUUUGGUUACAUGGUUUCUAAGAAAAAGUAUAUCUUCACCAUUGAUGAUGAUUGUUUUGUUGCAAAUGAUCCAUCUGGAAAACAAAUAAAUGCACUUGAGCAACAUAUUAAGAACCUUUUGUGUCCAUCAACUCCAUUGUUUUUCAAUACUUUGUAUGAUCCUUUUAGAGAAGGCGCCGAUUUUGUCCGCGGAUAUCCGUUUAGUCUUCGAGAAGGCGUUCCGACCGCAAUUUCUCAUGGACUUUGGCUCAACAUUCCUGAUUAUGAUGCUCCUACACAACUUGUCAAGCCUCUUGAGAGGAACACUAGGUAUGUCGACACUGUUUUGACAAUACCAAAAGGAACAUUAUUUCCAAUGUGUGGAAUGAAUUUGGCAUUUGAUCGUGAUCUCAUUGGACCAGCUAUGUAUUUUGGUCUCAUGGGAGAUGGUCAGCCAAUUGGACGUUAUGAUGAUAUGUGGGCUGGCUGGUGUUGCAAGGUGGUAUGUGAUCAUUUGGGGCUAGGCAUCAAGACAGGUCUCCCUUAUAUCUUCCAUAGCAAAGCAAGUAAUCCAUUUGUUAACCUAAGGAAAGAAUACAAAGGCAUAUUUUGGCAAGAAGACAUCAUUCCAUUUUUCCAAAACCUUGUUCUUCCAAAAGAAUGCACAACUGUUCAAAAAUGUUACAUUGAAAUGUCCAAACAAGUUAAAGAUAAACUUUCAAAGCUUGAUCCUUAUUUUGACAAGCUAGCUGAUGCUAUGGUCACUUGGAUUGAAGCUUGGGAUCAACUUAAUCCAGCUACUGCAUCUUAAGCCAAUGGAUAUUAUUCAUCUUCAAUUUCCAAGUAUUAUUGUUUUUAAUGUUGUUGUUAUUGUGAGUUAGAAUUUGCAGCAUUGUUUAGCUGUGAUUCUACUUUUUAAAUUUUGUUAUGGUUUGAGGUUAGAAUUACAAUAAAGUACAGUUAUCCACUUUGGUUCUUGAACGAAGGCAUCAUGGUUGUCUUUAGUAAAAAGCGUUUCAACGUUUUGUCCUGCGCAUCAUUAGGUAGCAAAGUGCAGGUAUUUGUUUAUAAACUAAAAUUAGAUUUGAUUCUCAAACAA